AGUCUGACGAGCUCUCCUUAAUAAACCCAACAAGCUUUACUUAGCUGGAUUACAAUGACAAUGACCUCCCUACAGUUGUCGGUCAUCAUUUUCAUCCUGGUGCCUCACACUAUAUCGUUUGGACGAUGCGACGAUAUUUCCUUCUCACUCUGCUGGAUGAGUAAGGGCAAUGCUCUGGAAAGGCAGAAUGGAAACCUAUGGCUCAACGAAACAGAACUCAAAUCCAUCAGGAGGGUGGGUAAAGUUACCUCCCUGACGGUGUCCACAGUUGUAGAAAGCAAGUUAACCCUUCAAUAUGCAGGUUCUGUUCAGGCCUGGACUUUUAGAAUCUCCCCGCGUACUAAGUACACUAAAAUCAGAGGCAAGCAGAAACCCGAAGAGCAACCAACAAGUGCCACUAAGGGCUUCCUGGACUCGAUGAGUCCCACUGAUGUGUUUGCAUGUGAAAAUGGAACAUUAUUCUUCCACCAGGAUGAGAACUUCUUCCUAGCAAUUGGCCACACUAUGCGUCUCCCAGUCAAGCUGGAGUCCAGGACUACUUCCAUGUUGCUGGUCUCCUGGGUGGAGAACCGGCCAGCAGUCAGCAGCAGCAGCCACACCGUAACCCUGUACUACACUGAACUGGGCUUCUUUAACACUCUGAGCAUGGACACCACCACCAACAACCACUACCGCUACACAGCUCUGGAUGCCUGCACCACCUAUGUGCCCUGUGUGGAGGCUGCAGGAACUCGCUCCUUGACCUGCCUCUCUACUAUUACUGACCCAGACCUUCCCAAGGACUUUGGGGUGACGUCAUGGAACAGCAGCACCAUAUCCUUAGCCUGGAACUGCCCCAAGAAGUUCUCCUUCUUCCUCCUCACCGCCUUCUACCUCAAUGGUGCGGACCACGUCACAGAGGAGGUGCUCUUUUUGCCAAAGGAUGACAAGUUCUCGUUCGUCUUGUCUGACUUGGAGCCCUGCACCAGGGUUAAGUUUGGCCUGCAGACUGCUUGCCAGACAGGGAUGGAGUCCCGCUACAGCAAGAUGGUCCACCACGAUGGAAACUCUGCUCACUCCCGCAUCGAGGCCUUGCGUCAGACAUCGUUCGGCCCCGACAACUACACCCUGAGCUGGGAGGUGAGGAACACCUCGUCCAUCUCCAUGUUCAGAGUCUACCACGAGGGGGCGCUGCAGGGCACCACGCUCAUCACCAGCAUCACCGUGGGGGGGCUGCUGCUGCCAUGCCAACAGUACCAAGCCAAGGUGGAGGCACUGUGUGGCGACGACGUGCUCAUGAGUGCCAAGACGGUCACAGCACACACAGGACCUCAUGGUGUGUCUGAGCUCAGAUAUCGCUCCAACGACUCCACUGCCCUGUGGACGCAACGCACCAUGCAGCAGCCGGCUGUGGCCUUUUUAUAUGAGCUGUCUCUGGAGAACGGCACCACCAUCCUGAGCAGCCGCAUGACUGACCCAGAGCUGCGUUUACCGGGCCUGGAGGAAGGAAAGACCUACGUCCUGGACGUGUGGGAGGAAUGUGGUGGACAGUGGGAGUCGGAACAUUCCCUCCUGUGGUUUGAAGGAGCUAACACCGCCCUGCAGCUCCAUCUGAGGGCUUCUGGUCGUGGUCUGGACAAAGAGCUGCAGUUCGAUUUCUCCCUUCUGGGUCUCACAAUGGUUGUGCCCUGGUCCCUGCAUAAAGAUCUACAGGAUGAUGCGUCAGAACCAAGAGCUAAAAUGGGGGAAAUUUACAAAGAUAAGCUGCAGGAGCUUUUGAAAGACUUCAAUAAGCCAGCCCGCGUUGAGCUGGCCACCCUUGAGCCUGCAGACGAGCCAGAUAAAACAGAGGUUCUGUUUAUGUCUUUUGAUGCAUCCAAAACUGAAGAAGUGCCCCUGCCUGUUGAAGAUCAGCUGGAUUACAUUCAGUCCCUGAAGUCUGAGAACAUCACAGUCAAAGCUGGGGUCAUUUACUGGGACGGUCCAGAUCUGUGUGCUUCCUCCAACCAGGCUUUGUGUCCUCCUAACUCUCUGUGCAUCAAUACUCUUGGCGCCUACACCUGUGUGUGCCAACAUGGCUACUACGACGUGAGCUCCGUCAUGGAGCCUCCUGCAGCUUCACAUCCAGUCUGCAAUGAAAAAGGCCUUUUCAGCCAGUGUCUGGAUAAACUGGUGACUGGUGGAAUAGCUAAACCCUACCUGACCUCUUACAUCGGGGGAGAGGUCGACGUGAGGCUGAACGACGGGCGGUGCACUGUGGAUGACAGUGAGAUGUUCUACUACUUCCGCACCUCCCGGAAAGCAUCCAAAUGUGGAAUUCAGAGGCGGGUAAACAACACCCACAUCGACUUCCAAAACACUCUGACUGUGACCUUGACCAGAGAGCACACCAUCAGCAGGCGGGAUCUAAAAGUCGUCUGGAAGUGUGUCUACCCACGAUAUUAUGUUCGUAACGCUCAAGUCGGUGUGGACAUGGAGUGGCUCUCCUCCGUCUCCCAGGUGGAGUUUAACUCUUCACUGCAGCUGGACCUGACCAUGACCCUUUACACCGAUGAGUCCUUCACCUCCAGCCACAGGGAUGCCAUAACCAUGGGGCUUGAGGACACCCUGUUCUUCGAGGUGGCCCUGCAGACCAACAACUCUUUUGCCUCAGACGUGCUCCUGCAGGUGGACUCAUGCUGGGCCACUGAGAGCUCCGACCCACAGGACGUAGUCCAGGGUGUUUUUCUUCAGGACGGCUGUGCCGUCGACAACACGUUCCACUCACUCUCUGUUAACGGCCGGGGACAGACGAGCAGAUUUUCCAUUCAGAUGUUCACCAUGCCCAAAGGGCUGCCCCUCUACAUUCACUGCCAGGCCAACAUAUGUGGACAUGACGAGGACUGUUUAAAGAAUUGCACCAGCCAGCCGCGCCCCAAGAGGUCAGUGAGUCGGAUGGGCAGAGAGGGGAAACGAGCCGCUGUUGUGUCUGCUGGACCUCUGGUGGUCAUCAACAGGAGGGGGACGUCCGGCGUCCCACCGUCUGACUGGGCAGAGCACAUGACCAUGAUCUCCAUUGUGGCCGGAUCAAUAGGCUUUUUGGGAGUAACCGUACUCUCAGUGAGCGCAACCAAAGCAAUCAUGACUUAUUAUGAGCGUCUACGGCUGCAAUAAAGUGUUUGGAACAGUAUCUGUGAGUGUGU